UUUACAUUGUGAAAUAAAAAACAACAAGAAAAAAAAGGAAGUUAACUUCGAUGUAGCGUCCUAGUGGUGUUUGUUUCAUUGUAUACGAUUUUGCAGAAAUUUACAAAUGAAUCCGACGACUUUGAAAAAUUGGUUGUUGCGCGGGGAGCUGGAAAAACUUGAAAAUAUCGUAUUGGAGGGACGUGGCGCACGUUUAUUGGGUGAACAUUCGCCGGAUCUUAGAACCCGUGUCUUCCUUAAAGGACUACCGAAUUAUCUGACGAAGAUAUCUCAAGCACACGACACGGUUACGCGAGGUUCAUUGUUAGAAACACAAAGGAUCAUAACGGAAGAACCAAAGAAAAAAUUAGCCAUAGCUAAAGAUCCUUCUGGGAUACCGCUCAUUCAUAAAGCGGUUUAUUACGAUCAACCAGAAAUAGUAUCAUGGCUUGUACAUAAUUAUCCAAUUACGACACAACAAAAGGACAAAGAAGGUAGAACUGCUUUACAUUAUUGCGCUGCGUGUAAAAAUCCUGGCACGGUGUGGGACAUUUUGAUAGAGGGUGGCUGCGACGCCAGUGUUUGCGACAAACGUGGAAAUCCGGCUGCUUAUUAUUUGGAACACAGUUCUGAUGUUGAAUUAGCCGAAACGGAGAAAAUGUCUAAUAGAAAAUUCAGCACUACGAAAGAAGGCUUUGACUUCAAACCUUCCAAUAUAAGAAUAUGGAUACAUAAUCGAGACAUCAAAAAAUUGCAGCAGGUUCUUUGGGAAGGUCACGGUGGUAAAUUAAGAUGCGAGACAAGCAACAAUCCGAGGGUGAAAAAGUUUUUGGAAGCAGUACCUUUCAUAAUGGGUACCGUUAAAGAUAUACACGCAGCAACGGUGAAAAAUGAUUUGGAGGGUUUGAAGAAAAAAUUGGAAGAUCCAGUCUCGCCUGUUAUUUUGUGUAGCAAGGAUGCAAACGGUUUAAACGUUUUGCACAAGGCUGCCGGAUUGGGUUAUUUGGAAGUUGCUCGUGAAAUUCUUGAAAGGUAUCCUUCGAUAGUAACGGCUCAAGACAACGAAGGUAAAACACCAUUACAUUACGCGGCUGCGUUAAAGGACGAUGAUAUCAUGUACAAUCUUUUAACCGAAUAUGGAGCUGACGAAAGUAAAUUAGACAACAAACAAAAAGCAGCCGCUUUUUAUAAAAAUCGUCCAUCCGACGUGGACCUUUCUAAUCUUGUCGUGGUACCGGAAGCUCCACGAGUAUCGGGUACGUCUUAUCCAAAAAAUUGGGACUGGAGAAUCUUAGAGGCGGCUGAAACAAUUACACGUGGUCCGAAGAAAUCUUUGAGUAAUAACGACGUUGACAGUGCAUUCGAAAGCAUAGAAUCACCAACUAAGAGUUCAGGCGAGGCUACCGAGGAAGGGACUAAAAUUGAAACGGAGAAGGAUGAUUUGCCGAUAGAAGGUGACGAGGGUUUACCCGAGUCUGCUUCCGAACACGUGUCCGAAAAUGUCAAGGCAAACGAAGAAACGGAAGAAAAAUCAUCGGACGACGAUGUUAUUACUGGUGCGAAAGACGAGGAAGAAACGGUGGAAGAAACGAGGGAAGAAACUACGGAAAAUGAGGUAGAAGAGCAACCAGAAGAAACCGAGGAAUCUGAGAUAGUUGAAGGUACAAAUAACGAGCCGAUUCUUACCGAUCAUGAGGAAAGGAAUGAUCCAAGUACUGGUGACUCUGGAGUUGAUGAUCCAACAAACGAGGAAGAUCAGGUCAUUGUUGGUGAACACGAAGAAUUACCUGAAACGGAGUUGAACGAGGGUAGCAUGAUCUUGGAUCCGGAAGUAGAUAAUUUACUGGAAAACGGAAAUAUGGAACAAUUGGCAGCGUUGGUGUUAAAUGGCGAAGGGAGACGAUUAGUUGGUCGUCAAUCGAAUAAUCCUGAACUUCAAGCUUUCAUCGACAACGUGCCAGCUUAUAUGGGAAAAAUUCAUGCCGUACACAUGGCAGCCCGUGAAGGAAAUCUGAGGGAUUUGCAAAGUGCAUUGGAUCGUCGCAAAUUUGCAAUUGCGAGAGACGGAUCGUCUCCCCAUGGUGCAACAGCUCUUCACGUUGCAGUAGUAUUCGGAAAUACCGCUGUUAUUAGAUACCUGGCAGGAAGAUUCCCGGAAACGGCACAUGCGAUCGAUCUCGACGGUAGAACGCCAUUGCAUUAUGCAGCAACUUUAGCCGAUAACGGCCACUACUACAAUCUUCUACUUCAUUUAGGAGCAAAUCCGCUUGUAAAAGACAACUUAGGAAAUAAGGCGGAUCAUUACAAAGUAAAUCAGGAUGACCUAUCGCACAAAAGACUACUUCGCGAUUUUGGGGCCAGCGAAAAACUCGCCGAAGAAAUGUUGACGGACAAAGUACCCGGAGGAGACAAAUACUCGGCCCGACGUGACGCGAAAGAACCGGAAACAUUGGCGACCUUGGAGAGAUGCUUCCGUUUAUUGGCUGGCGCUAGAAGAAACUCGGCUGCUAGGACACCCUCGAAUCCUGACGAUAAUCAACUCGAUAUUCCUAUAUUUCGCACAGAGGAAGGUCGUUAUUUAGCAUCAUCUUUGGGUGAUCCAUUGAUCAAGGGUCUAACAGAAGUGGCCAACGCACGUCCAAACGAUCCAGUCACCUAUUUGGCUACUUAUCUAUAUAAUUUUGCCAGCAAUAAUAAAAGUGACAAUCAGCGGGAAUCCAACGUUCUAAUAAUACCCGAACGUGAUAAUGAAACUCUCGAGAAUCCUGACAAUGAAAAUGGAGGAGACGAGGAUGCAGGUUAUCCUCAAAGUCCAGAUUCCGAUGUACCAGAAUCAACUUUUAGCAAUCCAAACAGAGACGAGCACGGACAAAGUAUGAUACAUUUUGCAGCGGUACGUUCUUAUUCGAAAGAUGGUUUGUAUCAUCUUUUGCAAGAGACACAGGUCAACGUUGGAUUUAGAGAUGAAGUUUAUCGAACAGCUAGGGACGUUGCAGAACAGGCUAAUAUCCGUGAGAAUGUCGAAGAAAUUGAUCGUUGGGUCGUUUAUUUAGCUGCAAGGGGAGAAACCGAAAAAUUAGUAGAACUAUUGCUGGAAGGUUACGAUCACAUUCUCGACGCGCAAGACGGUGAAAUGAAUAUCGUUGAAAUUGCAAACGAGAGGAAUCACGAGGCGACCGUACAAUUUUUACAGUCGAUUCCUAACUACGUGGAUCAACGUGAGGAAGUACACCGUGCCAUACGUUUAGCAGAUGUUGCCAAAGUUAAGGAACUUUUAAAUAAAAAUAACGGCGGUGGGAAGUUAUUAGCUGUUGGAAAAAACAUAACCGGUCGGUGUGCGCUUCACAUCGCAGUCUUACGAGAAAACGAAGAAAUCGUUCGAAUGAUAGCUAAAACGUAUCCGGAAACGUUACGAAUCGGUGACAAUUUGGAAAGAACUGCUCUUCAUUAUGCAAUGGGAGUACCAUCGGUUGAAAUUUUAAGCAGUAUUCUAAUAAAAGCAGGUGCUAAACGAAUCGUCAAAGAUUUGAAAUCACGACAACCUUCUUAUUAUUUCAUGAACAAAUCGGACAUCGAGAGACUUCAGGAAGAAGAAGAAGCGAUGGGCAAGUAAAUGGAAAAAUCAUAGAAGAUACUAAUAUAAGCACUGUAUUUUUAUUCACAGAUGAUACUCUUAACAAAUGUACUCCCUAUCGUGUCAAGUUUAUUAGGAACAUGUAGUAUUUAUAUCCUGCGCAUUGUCGCACAAUAAUACUAUCAUGA